AUGUCGACGCCCUGGUGGUUCUUCCUCAUCGCGGCGGGCCUCAUCGUCAUGAGCGGCUUCUUCAGCGGAUUGAAUCUGGGGCUCAUGAGCCUCGCGCCGGACGAGCUCAAGGUCGUCAUGGAGGGCUCGGCGGACGAGCAGGCGAAGCGGGACGCGGCCAAGAUCUACCCCCUACGUAAACGGGGCAACUUGCUGCUCUGCACCUUAUUGCUCGGCAACACGCUGGUGAACGCUCUUAUUGCGGUCCUCAGAGUCGAGUCGGUUUUAUGCGUCGCGUGUUUCGCUAUUGAUGCCUCGCGAAGUAAGGCGGGGCGUAGGCGACGUCGUGUUGAGGUCUGGGACGCCGUCGCGCACGAGUGUUAUUGUUUAUGUGCUCGUGUAAAAUGCAAGCGGUGA